AUGCCGCCCAAACCAAGAACCCGGGCAUUAGGUGGCGUGUCAAAUGCUAUCGCGAGGGCCCUCACUGAGGCCCAUCGCCUCCCUCCGCUCGGGGGGAAAAAAAUACUUUCGCCCCAGGAGAAGGCUGCGGCAGCCAUCCGAGCCCGGGAAGCCUUCGCCCCGAGCACAGCCGUGUCGAUACAGAACAUCUUCCCGCCCGAGUCUCCCAAGCACAUUGCUGUGCGCGAACCGCCGCAGUCCAUCAUCACCAAGCUGGCGCCCAUCCGCGGACACCUUCCCAUACCGCGGGAUAUCUUCGAAAAACGCGGCUGGGAAGAGAAGAUCUUCGUACAUCGCAAGCGGGCCCCGGAGAUAGACAGAAAAUACAUCAAGCGGGCGACGCCGCUGUCGCUGGCCGAGAAGGCUGGCAAACCGCCCGUCAGCUUCGAGGAGGAGCAGCACCGUCGCCUAGCGGCUCUCCGGCGCAAGGCUCUCGGCGUGGGUCUUGGGGGGCUCUUGAAACGCAAGCAAAAGUUUGACAACGUGCACGAGGCGCGGAGCAAGAAGAACUACGAGAGGAACCUAAACGCUGCCAACGCGCCCGAGCAACUAGACGAGGUGAUGACGCGGUCGACGGUGCGGGCCAGCACGGCUUCGAUGACGGCGGUGCUGCCGGAUCCGAACCGGUUCGAGGUCGCGAGGCUGGCGCGGGAGAAGCACGCGGCUCUGACGCAGCUGAAGAGCGAGGCGCGCCGGGAUGCGCUGGCCCAGCUGUACGCAGCGGCCGGCGACUUCAUCGUGGACGAGGAAGAUUUGGAGAGGCGUGUGGAGGAAGUUUUUAAAGAAACCUCGUUCGACAUCGGCAGCAUCGAGCACGGACGCAGCAUCUGGGACGUCGAGGGCCCGCCGCUCAACGCCACUAACCUGCGGAAGGAUCUAUAUGGUACUGCCACAAACAGUAGCGCAACAAUGGCCCCGACGGGCGACAAGACAACGGGCCUGCAGCGGAAGGUGGCGGAGGAGUUGAUCGGGGGCAAGUUGUAG